UUGCUAAUCCCAAAACAUUGCAUCCACUUCGUUGACGCGAAUGCGGCCAAGAUGCCGAGAAUGGAGGACAUUCUGAACCUUCCUGUGCAAGAUCCUCUUUGUAAAGAGUUUUCUGCUGCUCACAUAAAUUGGGUUAGAUUGGAAGGUGGUCGCCAAGGUGGUGAUGAUAUUGCUCUCAUUCCUUUUGCCAGAGUUGAUGAUUUUGUCAAAGGGGAAUCUUUCAAUCCCGAAUGCCCUGCGAGUUUUCGCAUAGAAUCAAGGAGGAAGAGACCUGAAGGAAGUAUUGCCAAACCAAGGGUUGAUGGUUACCUUGAAUACACUCUAUACUGGUGUUCUUAUGGUCCCGAAGACUACCGAGAUAGCGACUCAGGUGUAGGGGAUGGUAUGAGCUCCAAGCCUGCCUCAGGGAAGGGGAGCAGGCCGGGGAGGCGUCACAUGAUGAGAGGGUGCCUUUGCCAUUUCACUAUUAAAAGACUUUACACCAGGCCUCUCCUUGCACUAAUCAUAUAUAACCAAAAAAGGCACGUAGAUAAAUCAGGGGCACCAUGUCAUGGAUUGCUUGACAGGGAUGCCGUGGGGACGAGAGCCAUGUAUGCUCCACGAAUUUCAGAUGAGUUGCGCCAGAAAGUGACGUCUUUGCUUUAUGUUGGAAUAUCUUUGGACAAGAUAAUACAGCACCAUACAGAGGAGAUGCAGAAGCAAGGUGGGCCCCAAAACCGUGAUGGUUUUCUCACUCGAAAUGAUGUACGUAACAUGGAAAGGACUAUUCGUAAUUCUUCACAUGAGCUACACGAAAAUGAUGAACACAGUGUAAAGAUGUGGGUUCAGAGGCAUCAGAAGCAUGUUUUCUAUUUUCAAGAUAACUCAGCUUCAGAACAAUUUGUGUUGGGUAUACAAACAGAUUGGCAGCUGCAACAAAUGCUCCGUUAUGGAAAUAAUGGUUUAAUUUCGUUUCAUUCAGGAUUUGGCUUGAAAAAGCUCAAGUAUCCUGUAUGUUCUUUACUUGUUUUCAAUUCAUCCCAAAAUGCAAUUCCGGUUGCCUGGAUCAUCACCUCAUCUUUUGUUGGUAAAUCUAUUCAUAAGUGGAUUGUAUUGCUAUCUGAAAGAUUAAGAACGAAGGAUCCCAGAUGGAGGCCAAAUGCUAUUUUGUUAGAUGAUCCAUCUUUGCAAUUUUCUAUCAUAAGAGAAGCUUUCCAGUGCCGCGUCCUAUUAUGUGCCUGGCAUGUUCGCCGUACUUUGAUUAAAAAACUCAUCAAAAAAUGCUGCAACUUCGAGGUGCAACGUGAGAUGUUUAUGUAUUUGGGAUGGAUUCUGUACUGUACAAAAUGUGGGUCAAAUGCUAUGGAUUCUGUUGAAGAGUUUAUUCAAAUUUUUGUUGACCAGUGUGCCUUUAUGGACUAUUUCAAAAACCAUUGGCAAACUAGAAUAGAUAUGUGGAUUGAUGCAAUAAAAUCAUUCCCGGUGACAACCCCUGAGACCCAUGCUGCUACAGAAUCCUAUCACCUAACAUUAAAAUCUAUACUUCUGAAGGAGGAUUGUGGUAAUUUCUGGCUAAGAGUUGACUGGUUAAUGCAUGCUUUAACUACCGUAUUUCACUCGUUAUACUGGUUGGAUCAGUACAGUUUAGAGACAGGGUAUUUUGAGAAUGUAAACGACAAUUCUUUCUCCCCUAAUGCUUGGAAUCGUGCUCUUCAUAUUCCUGAUGUUGACGUGAUGCUGGAUGAGCAAAAUCUCCAUCUUGCCAAAGUUUUAUCCCAGACUGACAGAAGCUUGGUAUAUACAGUUUGGAAUCCUGGUUCAGAAUUUUCACUUUGUGAUUGUUCCUGGUCUAGGUUGGGAAACCUCUGUAAACAUGUCAUCAAAGUGGCAAAUUUCUGUAGAUAUCGGCAGGUUGCAAAACCAUCAUUGUCUGCUCAAGUUUAUAAACAGAAUUUGCUCACUCUUCUCCAAAAUCCUCCUGAUGAUCCUUUAGUUCUGGACCAUACCGUUCUACAUGUGGCCCGUUUGCAACAAGACAUUAAGGCCUUGGAAGACUUGUCCAACAGUGGAUUGCUCCAGCCUAUAUCUCUUGAUUUAAGUUCUCAAAUGGCUGAAAAUCCUCUGCUUUUUCAACAAUCCAGUGACUGGCCCAUAUUGAAAAUAGAUUGACUAUGUUAGGGUUGAAGCUCGUUUUCAGCUUAUCCACUUGAGGCUAUGUCGUGGCCUGUUAUCCUUAAGCAAUGAAUUUGCAAGAAUAAAAAAAUGAUGUAAUAUUGCCUUUAAGGAGGUACCCAUUCCAGAACUGUUCAGUUCACGAACCAGAAGACUUUUUGCAAAAAGAUUAUUGAUCUUCCAAAUACAGCUUAGGGUGGAGUUUGACCCAUGGUUGUUGGAAGUUUGAGGAAGCUUCUCUAAUGCAUAUUUGAGGCUGUUAUCUGGCAGGCUCAAUAUUUGUCAGAUGCUUUCCCUGCUUUGGGGGGAUGAACUCCAGAGUGCCAAAAGAAAUGAAAAGGAACGAACAAAACAGUUAGGAUCUUGUUGAGGUUGUUAACAUGCAUUCAGACGUCAAGGUGUUUUGCAGAUCAAACCAUCAUGCCGUUAGUGUAAGCAGUCAAUUCUAAUAUAACAACACUGUAUUAAUGUUUUGUUUUGUAUUCACUAUACAUUGUUUGUGUACAAUAAUGACAACAAGGUUUGAAUUUAGACCCUCAUUCAAGCUACCUAAACCCCUACUGCCAGACUGGGCAUAAUGGGUUAUGAUCUCUAUAACCUUAUAUCACUUGCAUGCCCUGAAGGUAGCUACAGACAAGAAUUUAAGUUCAUGCUACGGAAUAAUGAAAGAAGUUAUUCAUGGUUGAUGGUGGGACUUUGUAGAUAUUCCGGGCGUGAUCGUUGAAGUAGAUUUUCAUGUGGUUCCCAGGCUCCCCACAACUUCGGUUAUGGUCUUUUGGUGGAGGAUACUCAGCUGACAAAUCAUUAGAUGUCACAUAAUAAAGGGUGGAAAGAAAAGUAUAGAAAAAGACAUAUGUGUUGGCAAUUAGCCGAUCCACUCUACUCAAGUUCAACAAUAGCAUCAUUGAAAGAGAUAUUACUAUCUCAAAAACGAAACUAGGAUUCUAUGGUUGAGGCAUCUACCAUUUGUACAGUUUCAUAUCUGUUGAAAUUUCUAGUUACUUUUUUCUCUCUAUCCAAGGGGAAACUCUCAUUUGGGAGCUUUUUUACUUGUUUAAGCUUUUUCUUAGAAUUCAUCUAAGUGUAAGAAAAGGUUGAUUGUUUCGGUAUCUUAAAUUUAAGAGGGUAGCAGUA